UCCAAUAACAACAUUGCCCAGGUGCCAGUUGUACGUUCUGCACGCGCCGCUUAGAACCGUACAUAAAGCUAAUGAUAAAUAGCGAAAUGUAUACCAAGGUUGUUUUGAAAAGAGGUCUCAUUCUGAUUGUGGUGUUUUUUUUUAAAAUAACAGCUUUUAGAUCAUCGACACCGUUAAUAAAAAAUGUACACAGAGGCGGAAUACAUUACGAAGGACCACAUUGGUCAACGUCAGAGAAUGCUCUCUACUGGGUGGACAUUCAUGGACAGCAAAUACUUAAAUUGGACGCUGCAUCAGGAAACGUAACCAGCAGGGCUAUUGGCUACGGUCCCGUAUCAUUAGCGGUGACAGUCAAGGACAAUCCCAAGCUUCUGUUGAUUUCCGUAAGGUCAGAAUUGUAUUUGAUGCCUUGGGACGCGCCGGCGGGAGACAGUGCUCUGAGGCUCCUAAGCGUUGUAGAUUUAGGCUUGCCUGAUAAUAGAUGCAACGAUGGAAAAGUUGACGCAAACGGAAGACUUUGGUUCGGUACAAUGGGCAAGGAGGUUGGAAAUGAUGUAGACAAAGAUCAAGCAACACUUUAUAUGUUGGACGAAGGGAAUUACUUGCAUCCAAGCCACAAAGUUCGUCCAGUGUCUGUGUCCAAUGGCAUAGCUUGGACAUCAGACAAUAAAUUUAUGUUCUACAUAGACACACCUACCGGGAAUAUUGAUGUGUUCAAUUUUGAUCUGGAGGAAGGAACUAUUAGAAACCGAAGAACACUUUUUAGUUUUAAAGCAAAUAAUGUGACGGGCAUGCCUGAUGGAAUGACUAUUGAUGAUGAAGGCAACUUGUGGGUUGCAUGUUUUAAUGGUGGAAAGGUAAUCAAAAUAGAUUCUCGAGCAGGAAAACUUUUGGAGCAACAUAAGCUACCUGCUCAGAAAGUGACUUCAGUUAUGUGGGGAGGUCAUGACUUGUCCACCCUGUUUGUGACUACAAGUAGGGUUGGACUAACACCUGUGGAACAAGCUCAACAACCUGAGGCAGGCUCAUUAUUCGCCAUUGAAGGAACAGGGUCAAAAGGCUUACCAGAAAAUCAAUUUGUCUUUACAGAUGCUGCUAAUUAUUAAUGCACAGCUUUAUUGAGUUUGACUUGAGAACUUAAUGAAAAAUUGUUAUUUUGUUUACAUUUAGUUUGUUAAAAUAAAUGGCUUGAAAUUUU